AUGGGACACGACGUGCCUCCAGCCGGCGGUUUGAAAGUUUGGACCACUCUUAUCACAAAUACUGCGUAUUUGUCUGGUCUUUUGACCCUAGACUAUUCUCUCAAGAAAGUUGGCUCAAAGUAUCCACUCGUCGUGCUUUAUACGGACUCAUUUCCUGCGGAUGGACAUAAAGCUCUUGACGCAAGAGGAAUACUGAAACGACAUGAUUACGCAAACGAUGUCCGCUUCUACGACUGCUGGAGCAAGCUUACGCCAUUUUCACUCAUUGAAUAUGAUCGCAUUGUCCAGCUUGAUAGUGAUAUGCUGGUCCUGCAAAAUAUGGAUGAGCUGAUGGAGAUUCCUUUGGAUGGAGCAGAUAUGAAGGGAAUGGGUGAUCGUGUGUUUGCUGCUAGCCACGCAUGUGUCUGCAAUCCGCUUCAUAAGCCUCAUUAUCCUACUGAUUGGGUUCCGGCCAAUUGUGCCUACACUACUCAGCAUGACAGCCCAGAUAUUGCGCAAACAGCUGGACCUUCAGCUACCGCAGGCCUAGGAAUACCAAAUGGUGGCCUCCAGGUGGUGAACCCUUCACAGGCAAUUUAUGACAAAAUUGUUGAACAGCUUGCGUCUGAGUCUGCAACAUCCGGAUAUGAUUUCGCUGACCAGUCACUUCUUGGUGAUAUUUUCUAUGGCCGAUGGGUUGCGCUGCCGUAUAUAUACAACGCGCUUAAGACACUACGCUGGAAAGGAGUUCAUGAUUCUAUAUGGCGCGACAAUAGUGUGAAAAACGUGCAUUAUAUAUUAAGCCCGAAGCCGUGGGAUGAAUGGGCUAACGGGCAGAUACAUGAGGGAGAGAGCCAAGAUCCUUCCCAUGCUUGGUGGAUAUCAUUGAAUUCGGAGAGAUUAGCAGAGGAAGAACAGGGAGGUCUUGCGGAUGGCUUUUGA